AACGUGAAAUCGCCAACCAAACCGCGGUUUCCCCAACCAAGCAUCCUCCGCUCCCUUCUCCCGAAUCAACCGAACAAUCACCCCCGACUCCAUUCCCCACCCUUCCAGAGCCCUUUCCCACCGAGCCUGCCGCCGCUGGCCACUGCCCCGCCGCCGCGGGGGAUGUUGCCGGCGGUAGUGCCGGACCCGCCGCGCCAAAACCCUAGCUCGCCAGAGGCCGCCCCCGCCGCCGCGGCCCACAUGGCCAACCCGCGCCUAGGGCUCGGCCUCGCGCCGCCAGGCGCCGAUCCCUCCGCCGGGGCGCCGCCGCCGCCCUCCCGACGCGCGCCGCGCUUGGCCAAGCGGCGCCACGCGGCCGCCUCCUCCCGCUCCCGCGCCCCGCAGGCCGCCGGCGGGACGUGGAAUCCUUUCGGCGGCGGCGGCGGCGGGACGGAUGGUCCGAGGCAAGAUGGGAAUGGCGGGUUGGGGAGUGGGGACGGUGGUGGCGUCGCAUUCGGGAAGGGUCAAUCGGGGGGCUUUGUGUUCAGUGCUGCCCCGGCGGUGCGCCAGCAGCCUCCAGAGCCGGCUGUGGCGCCAUCACCCAGUGAAGCACCCUUCGUGUUUGGGAGCGUGAGGAAGAGCUUGCCUCGGUUCGAGGAGGGAUGGUCCGCUUCGUCGAAGCUGCCCGAUAAGAUGGGUAAGCUGAACCUGCGCACUCCGGGAGAAGUUGGUGUUGGUUUUGGUCAGGGGAAGGAUGAAAAGGAUGGGAGUUCUGUUUUUGGUGUUGGUAUAUCUGGUUUGGUUCCUAAUAGUGAAGUGAAUGUACUCCCGGAGAAGCUGACACAGUUGAAUUUAGGCAGUGGGGUGCCCUUUCAGAGUGAGAAGAGCAAGAGUGCUAAUGGUGUGCCAAAAAACGUUAACAGUUUGGAUGAUGCAACUGUGCUUCCAGAGAAGAUAACACGGUUGAAUAUAGGAAGUGAGACGCCCUUGCAUGACAUGAAAAGCGCUGGUGCUAGUCAUCAACCUGAAGUGUUUACAUUUCGGAGUGGAGGAUUCGAAGGUGCCGUUCUUGGUAAGGAAACAAGCAACUCUUCAGAUAGGAGCAGUGAAUUCCUCUCUGCAAAUAGCAACACUUCUAGUUCUAGCAGUGAUUUUCUCUCUACUGCGAAUAGUAAUGCUUCUAGUUCAGCUAAUGGCACUGACAGUUCGUCUCCAGAGAAGAGAUCAGAUUUGAAUGUAGGAGGCGGAAUGUCUCAGAGCAUGAAAAGUGAUAAUGCUAAUUGUCCAACAGAGGCAUUUUUAUUUGGGCGACAUGGAAUCCGGAGCUCUGUUUUGCAGUCUGCAAGCAUAGCCACGGAUGAUGGUGAUAAUUUUGUCAAUGAUGCAAAUACAAACACUUGUACUUCAGCUCAGGGUACGGUGGAGAGCGCACUUCCAGAGAAUAUGACAAAGUUAAAUAUAAGAUGUGGAAUCUCAUCUCAGAGCAGCCUAGACGAUACUACUACACGACCACCAGAAGUAUUUGUAUUGGGCAGUAAUGUAUCUAGCUUUUCCUCUGCCCAGACUGCAAGCACAUCAUUCACAAGUUUUCAAACUAAUGUAUCCUCUCAACCAAAGGACAAGGGAAGUAACUUUGCUAAUGAGUAUAGUAGUAAUUCUACAUAUUCUGAAGCAAAUAGUGAUCAAGUGUAUGGGUCAAGUAGCUUUGUUUUUGGUAGAGGCAGCAAUGCGACCGCUUGUUCUGAAGAAGCUACAGAAUAUGCACUACAUGAUGAAAUCAAGAAAUUAAACAUCAGUAAGGAAGGGACUUCGCUCGGAUGUACUAAAUUGAACAAUUCUUCAACUCCUGAAUUUUUGUUUCAAAGCAAAGCAGAGGCUACUUCUGGAUAUGAUUCUGUUCCCCAACCCAAAGUUCAGGAGCCAUGCCCAUUUACAAAUUUGAAUAAUUCGUCUACUUUUUCUAUUUUUCAGAAUGCAGUGCCUGUUUUCAGUUUUGGAACCAUGAAUGCAGAAAGAGAAACUGCUCCGGAUGAUUCUUGUGCAGUCAAACAGGAUUUACCUGGGUGUUCCAGAGAGACCUUAUUUGGUCUAGACAGUAUAAAGUCAGCGUACAGGGACAAAAAAGAAGCACAUAAAAGCACAAGGAAAAAGAAAAGACCAACUAGGCUAAAGCAGCAUGCUCAACUCCAUCAGGUUGUCUCUCAGGAAACAUGCACCAAUGGAGAAGCAUCAGAUUUAGCAGGUGACUUUUCACCAAUGGAUUGUUCUCCUUAUCCGGCACCAGCUGAACAUGUGUCAACAGAGGCAUACGUGUCUUUGGAUCAGUCCGUUCACGUAUGUAAUAGUAGUAUCUCAAAACAGGACUCCAGUUGUGCUGAAGAUGAUCUAAUUUCUGCAACUGAGCAAUUGGUUAUUGAUGCAGACCUUCCGCCGUUUAGAGAUGAAUGUAGAUAUCCGAAUGUUGAUGCACCCAAGGGCAAUUUCGGUAGCAGCUUUUCUAGUUUCGGAGAAGAGUUAAGUAAUGAAUCACAAUAUUCUUUCACUAAUGUGAACAUUGGCACAAAUGGUGAACUUAAAAAAGGCACAACAGAAACUUGUGCUGAUGGUUACAGCUACAAUGUUAAUGGGCAAGCGUGUGAUGAGGACACCUACAGAAUGCAGCAUGAGUCUGGUGACGCUGUUGCUUUUCAAUCAAGCUCAUCAAAUUUCAGUGGGCUGAACUUCAGCUUUGGUGCAUCAUCGUCCCCUCAAAGCUCGUUAUCAGCACAAAGACGUAACACAAGAAGGAAGUUAAGAACAAAGAGUGGUCCGGCAUCCAAGCCUUCAACUACCCAUGUUUUUGUUCAGCCAAAAUCUUCACAGGAUGCAAAGGGCAUGCAAUAUUUCCCGGAAAGAAGUAAAAAUGAAGACUCAGCGGAAGAGCAAUCAACAAGAAAUGCUUCUACUUCUGCUGCCUUGGAGACUUGUGAAACCUGGCGUACUAGUGGAAAUCAAGCCUAUGCAGAUGGCCACUUUGCUACUGCAGAGGAUUAUUAUACUCGUGGAAUAAAUUCUAUUUCCCAUCAUGGCGCUUCUGGACACUGUUCCCGUGCGUUGACGUUGUGUUAUAGCAACCGUGCAGCUACAAGAAUGUCACUUGGCAUGAUGCGGGAAGCCCUUCAGGAUUGUUUGACUGCUACAUCAAUCGACCCCAGCUUUCUUAAGGCUAAAGUUAGAGCUGCAAAUUGCCAGCUUGCAUUAGGCGAGCUUGAAGAUGCAUCAAGGAGUUACACGUCCUGUUUGAACAGUAACACAUCGGGUUGUGACCCCAAAAUGUUUUCUGAGGCUUCUGAUGGUUUGGAAAGAGUAAAGAGAGUGGCAGAUUGGAUAUCUCAGUCCAAGGAACUUCUUCAGAAAAGAACAUCUCCUGAAGCAAGAACGGCUUUAGACUUGAUCUCCAAUGCAUUGCACAUAAGUCCACACUCGGAUAGCCUAAUGGAAAUGAAAGCAGAGGCACUGCUGAUGUUACGGAGAUAUGAAGAAGUGAUUCAACUAUGUCAGGAGUCUGUAAAUCCGACUGAAAGAAAUUCAGUCUUUUACAAUGCUAAUGGACAACCAAGGAAUUUCACGGUCUCUGAAAAGACGCCAUGUUCCGGAAGGUAUUGGCGGCCUUACCUCAUUUGCAAGUCUUAUUUCCUUUCGGGCAAGCUUGAAGAGGCUCUGGACUUGCUAAAUAAGCACGAGCAAGUCACACCUGUCAAAGAAAGUGACGGGAGCAGAUAUCAAGAACGUUUCUCAUCGUUGUCAACAACUAUAAGACAACUAUAUUCCCUUAAGGCUGCUGGGAAUGACUCAUUUCAAGCUGGUAGAUAUUCAGAAGCUGUGGAACAAUAUUCUGCGGCUUUGGCAUGCAAUAGUGAAUCACGCCCCUUUUCAGCUGUCUGUUUUUGCAAUCGUGCAGCUGCAUAUCAAGCACUUGGUCAAGUUACUGAUGCAAUAGCAGAUUGUUCGCUUGCCAUGGUUCUUGAUACAAAUUAUCCCAAGGCGAUUUCUAGGCGAGCCACCUUAUACGAGAUGAUAAGGGAUUAUGGACAAGCUGCUAAUGAUGCAAGGAAGCUAAUCUCGCUUCUUGAAAAGAAAGUAAAUAAGUCUGGAGUAUCACCAAAUAUUUUGAACAAGCACAGCGAUCUGAAGCAAGCACGAGCGCGUCUUUCAUCUGUAGAGGAUGAAUCAAAAAAGGAUACUCCUUUGAAUUUGUAUUUAAUCUUGGGAGUUGAGCCAUUCUGCUCUGCAGCAGAUAUUAAGAAGGCAUACCGGAAAGCUGCAUUGAGACAUCACCCAGACAAGGCUACUCAAUUUCUAGGAAGGAAUGAGAAUGCUGAUGAUGGAUUUUGGAGGGAUGUUGCCAAGGAAGUUCAUGCAGAUGCGGAUCAUCUGUUCAAAACAAUUGGGGAGGCAUAUAAUGUUCUGUCAGACCCUGACAAGCGUCAAGAGUACGACUGUGGAGAGGAUCUAAGAAAUGCUAGAAAGAGAGUAUCUAAGGGGAGGAGUAUGCAUAGGUCACCUGAACAGAACUAUGGCAACAGAGGUUUUAAUCCACGCCAGCAGCAGUCAAACAGAGGUUCAUCACGCUCACGUUGGUACGGAUAUUCAGAUGAUUGCUGGUAAACUUAUUGGCAGCUACAUGUAUUUGGCAGCUACAUGGGUGGUCAUAACGCAAGAACCAACUUUUGCAUCAGUUGUAUUUGGAGCAAGGUCUCCUUGCACCAAGAUGCGUGGCACCUGUCUUCCUGGUGGGUUUUCAGGUGCCACUGCUAACUCACCAGGCCUCGUCGGCACAUGGUGGAUCUGUUGCAGCUUUCCCGUCUGCUAGAUGCCAUUCUUUAGGAGAGGAUGGAAAUACAAGGGUCGAUCAGUUGGGAUGAUUGCUUUUGACACAGUGGUGGUGGUAGCUUGGCCAGCACAUAUGCAGGAUUCAAAAGCGGGACAUCAAGUUAUCUUUGGUUGGCAUGAUGGUCUCGAGUGAACACUAACAGCUUUGGGAGUGUGACAUCCAGAUAUUUUGGCUGACAUGACGGUCUCCGCUCUGAACACUAACAGCAACAUCAAAGGUUAGAAACACGGAGAAAGAUGGCAGUUUCUCCAUAGGCAAAGGCUUUCUUUUGUUAAGUGCAUGGCUACUGUCUGGGGUUACAGUGCCAAAAAGAUCACCGGAAAGGAAAGAGGCAUGUUCUUUUCUGCGUGCGCUGCGAACUGUAGUUUUGUUUUAUGAAUUAUUCAGAUGAUGCACCGUACCUGACAGUGGGAAACAAAGAAAAGAGUGGUACAUAUAUUGUAACUGCUCAAUGUCAAAUGAAUAAUCUCGAGUUAUUUAUUCUUUAUUACGCUUGCUCCUGA